ACACCGUCACAGGGCAGAGUAACAGGACAAAUCGGUUCUCCCUAUAGACGCACUAACCAACCAGCGAACCAAAACAGUUUCUUAUACCGGUCCAACCAGACUUCAUGAGAAGUCACCCACACGAAGUCUGAUUAUAGUAGCCCACCCAACCAGAGAGCUGAUCAAACUUGGCAACCUGCUGUUUUUUUGUUUGUUGUUACAGGCAGCAGGAGAGACAGUGCUCCUUGCUAGGCGACGGGUCUAAUCAUUAACCUCGGUUAGUUUCCCCCUCAUCGGAGGAGCCUCUUGGAUGGAUAUAUCAUGGCUACGUUUGUCUGCAGGGUCCAGUUCUUAGACGAUACCGAUCCAUUCAACAGCACCAAUUUCCCGGAACCGACCCGACCACCGCACUACACGUUCCGAGAAGAUAUCCCUCUUAUCAAUCAGAUAGCAGGAGUCCACCGGCUACUUAGAGCCCCGCAUAAGCUUGAUGACUGUGCGUUGCAGCUGUCCCAUAAUGGAACCUACUUGGACCUGGAGUCUUCUCUGUCUGAACAGAGGGACGAGCUGGAGGGAUUCCAGGAGGACAUAGCAGGGACCAGAGGGAAGAAGCAUAGUGUUGUCUUACGUACCCAGCUGACUGUUCGAGUACAUGCUUGUAUCGAAAAACUCUACAACUCCAAUGGACGUGACUUGAGGAGGGCUCUCUUCUCUCUCAAGCAGAUUUUUCAGGACGAUAAGGAUCUGGUCCAUGAGUUUGUGAUGGCAGAGGGUCUGACCUGUCUCAUCAAGGUUGGAGCAGAGGCCGACCAGAACUACCAGAAUUACAUCCUUAGAGCUCUGGGACAGAUCAUGCUGUAUGUGGAUGGGAUGAAUGGAGUCAUCUGUCACAUUGAAACCGUCCAGUGGCUCUACGCUCUCAUUGGCUCAAAGUUCCGCCUGGUGGUGAAGACUGCUCUGAAGUUGUUGCUGGUGUUUGUGGAAUACUCAGAGUCCAACGCCUCUCUACUCAUAGAGGCCGUCACUACUGUAGACACCAAGAGAGGUUGUAAGCAGUGGUCUAAUGCCAUGGAGAUCUUAGAUGAGAAGGAUGGAGUGGACACAGAGCUGCUGGUCUACGGUAUGACCCUCAUCAACAAGACCCUGUCAGCGUUACCUGACCAGGACUCCUUCUAUGACAUGGUGGAUGGGUUGGAGGACCAGAGGAUGGAGGCUGUAGGUAAGAGGUUCCUGGGGAGGAGAGGAACUGACCUGGACCUGAUGGAGCAGCUCAAUAUCUACGAGGCGACUCUACGUCAUGAGGAUGGCGAUGAUGAAUCCAAUCCGCCCACAGGGCUCUCUGGCCUCAAGGACCGCCGCCGCGCCAGCUUCGGGGACAAGAGGAGGGGCCUGGAGAGGAGGCGGAGCCGCAGAGCAUCGCUCGGGUGGUCUGGGAACGCCUCGCCCUGCAGCCUGUCCACUCAACACUCCGGGUUCCCCUUCAAGGGACAAGGAGGAGAAGACAUGAGCAAGAGAAAAUCGACACAGAACCAGUCAGCCAGCGUUCACAGAACCAACUGCAUCACUUUGAGAAAAAAUAAAGAAAUUAAAGAGAGAGAACAGGAGGAAGAGAAGAGGAAGAAAAGCCAUCCUCCUCCUCCUCCUCCUCCUCCUCCUCCUCCUCCUCCUGUCUCUCUGCCGUCCCCACUGGCUACCCUGACUCCUCCUCCUCCUGUCUCUCUGCCGUCCCCACUGGCUACCCUGACUCCUCCUCCUCCUGUCUCUCUGCCGUCCCCACUGGCUACCCUGACUCCUCCUCCUCCUGUCUCUCUGCCGUCCCCACUGGCUACCCUGACUCCUCCUCCUCCUGUCUCUCUGCCGUCCCCACUGGCUACCCUGACUCCUCCUCCUCCUGUCUCUCUGCCGUCCCCACUGGCUACCCUGACUCCUCCUCCUCCUGUCUCUAUGCCGUCCCCACUGGUUACCCUGACUCCUCCUCCCCCUCUGAUCUCCUCCCCCAUCUCCCCCUUGGCCCAGCCCUCUCAGCUGACAGCUCUCCUCGCUAGACGUAAGUCCACUGUCACCAUCCCUGCUACCAAUGAAGUUACCACGCGGGGUAUAAACCGCCCCUCCCCUGAGCGCAUGCCCUACCUCCCCCACUCUCCCUUCCAUCUCUUCUCCUACGACUUCGAUGAGGAACCGAUACUACCCGCAACUAAACCGGAAGUGGACUCUGCUGCUGCCAGAACUGGAGUUCAAAGUCCUGACACACCAGCAAAUAAGUCUUCUCUGGGUGGUCUCCUCUCCUCCUCCUACAGACAGCAUCAGGAGUCCCUGUCGGCCGAGAGAGAGAGACGUCGGGCAGAGAGAGAGGAGAGACUGCAGAGGAUAGAGAGAGAAGAGAGGAACAAACACAGUCGAGACUAUGUGGACAAAAUGGAAGAGGCCAGGAUGGCACGGGAUGAGAGGUAUAAGCACGUGGAACGUUUGGCGGCAGAGGAGUUUGAGAGGGACCGCAUGCCCAGGUCACGCCACGACCUGAGUUUGACCUUUAACCCAGUGGAAGCCCCCACCUCGUCCCGCAGCACCACCCCCUCCUCCCUGGCGUCUCAGGGUGAGGAACAGGACCAGGAACCAGAGGAACCAGACACAGAAACGGAUCUAGAACCAGAGGAGACUGAGACCCCCGUUACACCAUACACACCCUCGGUGACUGAACAACUGAAGUCAGAGGACUUCACUGCCUGUCUAGAAGAGAAGGAGGCAGAAGAGGUAGAAGAGGAAAGAGAAGAGCAGGAAACAGAGGAAGUAAAGGAAGAAACAAAAGCAGGGAAAGAGGGAGAAGAAGAGGAUGUGCGAGAGGAGGAAGAGGUUUUAACAUCGCCGGAGAAGGAAGAGGAGAGGGAGGACGGCGAGGAGGACAGUGGGAUUCUGAGCGACAAGGAACGACAGAAUGAAGAAGUGAAUGAGAAAGACAACUGCUCGGCCUCCAGUAUCUCCUCUGCCAGCAGUACCCUGGAGAGAGAGGAGAGGGGGAGCAAUGAGAACGGUCCGUGGACCCAGAGUGUUAAGGAGGUGGAUGUGAAUGAACAGUGCAGCAAAAUCCUCAACAGCAAACGCUUCAUGCUCGACAUGCUCUACUCCCAGAACAAGGAGCCCUGCGAGGAGGAGGAGGAGGAGGAGGAGAGGGGGAAGGAAAGAGGAGUAGGUGGAAAGGCCAACCAGGAAGCCGUCCAACCGUCUGACGAGGGAGAGGAGAGCACCCGGAAAACCGACUUCCCGGAAAAAAAGGAAUCUCACUCGAACGUCAGAGUGUUCGCUGAACGUUUCGGGGAUCUCGUAAAAGGACUGGGCUCGCCUCCCACCCCCCUCAAUAGCCCCUCUCACGAGGCCGCCGUUGUAGAACAAGAGAAGCCCCCUCCACCUCCCCCUAAGAAGGAGUCAGAUACCAUCUGGGACCAACUCCUGGCCAGUCCUAGAGAGCUGCGCAUCGGAGACAUCGACUUCACAGACCUGAAAGAGGAAGACGAUGAAGACAUUCUGGUUGCCGGUCUGAUGGGGGUUCAGACUCCCUGUGUCCCCCUCCUCCCCCCACCCCCUAACCCUUACCUCCCAUCCUGCCCCCCACCCCUGUUGGGUUGUCCACCACCACCCCCAAUGCCAGGGAUGAGAAGCAUGCCUCCUCCACCCCCCUUCUGCUCCGCGGCCCCCGCCCCUCCUUCAGAACCAGUCCAGAAGAGUAAGAAGACGAUCCGGUUGUUCUGGAGUGAGGUGCGUCCGUCAGACUACCAGUACAUUAGCAGCAGGAGCAGUGGAGACUCUCUGUGGUUCAAACUAGAGCCGGUCAAGAUAGACACCUCCAAACUAGAACACCUCUUCCAGACCAAGUCCAAGGAGAUACCUGUCACCAAGAAAACGGCAGCGGACGGUAAACGCCAGGAGGUCAUCGUUCUGGACUCCAAGAGGAGUAAUGCCAUCAACAUCGGACUGACCGUCCUGCCUCCUCCUCGCACCAUCAAGACCGCCAUUCUCAACUUUGAUGAGUACGCACUCAACAAGGAGGGCAUCGAGAAAAUCUUGACGAUGAUCCCUUCGGAGGAGGAGAAGCAGAAGAUACAGGAAGCUCAGCUGGCCAAUCCGGACGUCCCCCUGGGCUCAGCAGAACAGUUCCUCCUCACCCUGUCCUCCAUCAGCGAACUGGCAGCCAGACUACAGCUCUGGGCCUUCAAGAUGGACUACGAGGCUACAGAGAAGGAAGUGGCAGAGCCGCUGCAGGAUGUGAAGGAAGGGAUGGAGCAGCUGGAGAAGAACAAGACUCUGCGCUACAUCCUGUCUACACUGCUUGCUAUAGGAAACUUCCUCAACGGCACCAAUGCCAAAGGCUUUGAGUUGAGUUACCUGGAGAAGGUUCCUGAGGUGAAGGACACGGUUCAUAAACAGUCUCUGCUGCACCACGCCUGUUCCAUCGUGGUCGACCACUACCCUCAGAGUACUGACCUCUACUCUGAGAUAGGAGCUAUCACACGCUCUGCCAAGGUGGACUUUGACCAGCUGCAGGACAACCUGACCAUGAUGGAGCGCCGUUGCAAAGCAUCCUGGGACCAUCUGAAGGUGAUGGCCAAGCAUGAGAUGAAGCCCACGCUGAAACAGAAGAUGUCUGACUUCCUGAAGGACUGUGCUGAGAGAAUCAUUAUCCUGAAGAUAGUGCAUCACAGGAUAAUCAACAGGUUCCAUGCGUUCCUGCUGUACCUGGGCCACCCAGCCUACGGCGUGAGGGAGGUCAGUGUCCACCGGUUCAGCAAGAUCCUCAGUGAGUUCGCUCUGGAGUACCGGACCACACGGGACCGCGUCCUGCAGCAGAAACAGAAACGAGCCGACCACCGCGAACGCAACAAGACCCGCGGGAAGAUGAUCAUGGAUGUUAACGCACCCUCUGAUGAAGAAGAGGAAAUGGAGUCUGCAGGGCAGAAUGUUAGUGCCCCCGGUGGCGGGGUGGAGAGCUUGCAGCCUCAGGGUUUGGGCCAUGCUGAGGAUGCUGCAGAGCAUGAAUUCAUGAAGGCAGUACUGAAGACCAGCCUUCAGGGCGGCGACAGAGAGACAUCAGGGGUGCCGGGUCUACGCACACGUACCAGGUCACGGCCAGGCCGAGGGGGUCGAGUACAACAGGCACCGAUACCCCCCGCGGCGAUGGGGGUGGAGUCUCAGAGGUCAGGUGACGAUGAGGCUGAUGAGAUCAUGGAUCGCAUCGUGAGGUCAGCCAGUCAGAGGGCAGUGCCCCGGGAGAGGAGGAGGUCAAGAGCCAACCGCAAAUCACUGAGACGGACACUGAAGAGCGGUCUGACACCAGAGGAGGCCCUACUCCUCGGACUCUCCGACUCCGCCGAGAUGCCGGUGUGACAUCACCGCCCCCGCCACGGCGAUUUGGAGCGCCAUGGAAACACACCCUGGAACACCUCCUUGAC